GUGUAGCGCCCGCGCGCUCACGUGCGCACGCACUGUGGACAGCCCUCUCCUCGAGCUGUGUGUAGACCGGCACAGCCUCAUAGCGUUUAGCGGCUGCUUCAGUGUCUACAUCAACUCUGUCACAGAGGGAGCUCCAGCUACAGUGUCACCUUUAAACACUCAACCGAGAUCCGGGAGCUGCUCAAGUCCGCGAGCGAAGAAACAGAGAGCAGUAGCCUGUCGAGGAAAGGAAAGCAGCGACGCGAGCAGAAACGAUAUUUCAGGUGUUAGCUCUAACGUAACGUACUUUACCCGGCAUCUCACCGCCGGACGGAAGACAGCCGCGUAUCACUGACCGAGAGUCGAAAGGGAACCGUUUGCUUUCUUUACCAAGAAGAUGGCAUCAAAUGACUCUCGGCUCCAGCAACAGCCAUCCCAGAAGGACGCGGCCGACCAGAACUUUGAUUACAUGUUCAAGCUGCUGAUUAUUGGCAACAGCAGCGUGGGCAAAACCUCCUUCCUGUUCCGCUACGCAGACGACUCCUUCACCUCCGCCUUCGUCAGCACCGUGGGCAUCGACUUCAAGGUCAAGACUGUCUUCCGCAAUGACAAGAGGAUCAAGCUGCAGAUCUGGGAUACAGCAGGGCAAGAGCGCUACCGUACCAUCACCACUGCCUACUACAGAGGAGCCAUGGGCUUCCUGCUCAUGUAUGACAUCACUAACCAGGACUCCUUCAACGCAGUUCAGGACUGGGCGACACAGAUCAAGACAUACUCAUGGGACAAUGCUCAGGUGAUCCUGGUUGGUAACAAGUGUGACCUGGAGGACGAUAGACUCGUACCCACAGAGGACAGCCAGCGACUGGCAGAGGAGCUAGGUUUCCAGUUCUUCGAGGCCAGCGCUAAGGACAACAUCAAUGUGAAGCAGGUGUUUGAGCGUUUAGUGGACGUCAUCUGUGAGAAGAUGAACGAGAGCAUGGAGGGAGACAUCAACCUCGUAUCCAACCACAGGAACCAGGGCCUUAAAGACUCGCCUUCAGAGAGCCACGGGGGCUGUGCUUGCUAAACCCACACACACACACACACACACACACACACACACACACACACACACACACACGUAUGAUGCUCAUACAUAAAGACCAACUCCUUCUCUGUGCCUCAACCAUGGAAAGUGCCACACUUCUUCCUCUCUCUCUUCACUCCAGCCACGCCCAGCUCUGCUUUGUCCACACAGCAACCAGAGGACAACUAGCUGAGAUAAUCUUCAUCAGUGCUGUCAGACCCCUCUCCUCCCAAGGCCUGUCUUUCUGGCUUUCCCCUUAAAGAGGCCCACUCUGUCUCUUUUCUUCUCUCAAAAUCUCUCUGUGGUCUCGACCCACCGGCUCUGCGGUGAGCUGAUAGUCCACUAAAGCCUGCCCUGUGUUCUGUCCACCCCCCACGUCAACCGCCCUGACCACUGCUGCUCCAUUAGCAUUUUAAAUUUACUAAAACAUUUGUUCAAUGGCUUUAAUUUUCUGAAAUAUUUGUGCAGAUAGCUAGAAGCUAGUGAUGCCAAAUAGUGUGUGUAGAUGGCUGUACUUUUGGGAUUUUUGGGGGGUUUUGUUUGACAUUCAUAGAGUACAUGUUUACUAGUUUAGUUUACUAAGUAAACUAAGUAUACUAACUCAGUUUUUGCCUGGAGACAUACAUAAAAUUUAAACUUCACAAACAGCUAUUUAAAUCAUGUAAUACCGUAGAUACAAAUUGUGUGAUUGUGCAGUCAUAUCUAGGAUGCUUCAUGCUCAUGACUGAUUGAAGGAGAGAAGAAUGAAUCAGUUUUGAACAACCUACUUGAAAUGAUGUAUGUCUCAAACAAGGGCAUAGUGAGCUUUGCAAGGCUUUUUUGCAAGACGUUUUGGGAAAUACGCUUAUUCGCAAUCUUGUUGAGAGUUAGAUGAGAAGACUGAUACCACUCUCAUGUCUGUAUGCUAAAAAUGAAGCUUUAGCCAGCAGCUGGUUAGCUUAGCUUAGCACAAAGACUUUGUUUUUUUUUGUACGGAUAAACAAACAAGAGCCGGGCUAGCUGUUUCCCCCUGUUUCCAGUCUUUGUGCUACGCUAAGUUAACCGGCUGCUGGUGGUAGCUUCAUAUUUACUGUACAGACGUGAGAGUGGUAUCUAUCUUCUCAUCUCUCGCCAAGAAAGCGAAUAAGCGUAUUUCCGAAAAUGUUGAACUAUUCCUUUAAAAGAAAUCAGAUUUCAUCAAAUGUUGAACACAAUCAGAAUUUACGUUGUCUCCAAAUUAAUUUUAAUAUGGAAAUACCAGUACAGCGCGGCCAAAUGAAAUUCAGCCGUGAAAAUAAAUAUAUGCCUUCAUGUUGUUUUUGGCGUUGAAAUAGUCAUCAGUUGCUGAUAAUGCCUUAUCUAAAAUAAUUUCUCUGUUGUGAGAUUCUGAGGUAUACGUCUCAUCAUCGUCAUCCAUCGCUUAUUAUGAAGUUAAAGCAUCAAUCAAGAUGAUAAAGAAAACCAACAGGACGUCAUAAUGAACCUCAUCUUGACCUGAAUCUUAAUGCCAGUCUUGCGCUGCCCUGUGCCUCCCUUGCUGCUUCUCGCAGCCUUUUCUUGUGCACUGAUGCUGAGACAGUUGGAGGGUUAUGGUAAUGGUAAAUGCUGAGCUCUGUCCUCUUCACUGUGCAAGUGCGCUCAUGAGAGGAAGUCGUUUAACACUGGUGACACUUGCAUUUGUCACAUGACCUCCCUCGUGGCAUGUCCUCGCUCACCCCUUUGUGCCACCCUAUCUUUAACGCCUUCUCUAACACACACAUGCUUUCACCAUGACACACACAACACAACACAACACACACACACACACACACACACACACACACACACACACACUGCUCCCCCAACUGCAGCAUGGCAAAACAGUUGGCAUGGCAAACCUACUAUGCUUAAUAACUGAGUAUUUCCAAAGUGGUGGUGAAUUAUCUUUUUUUUUUGUUUGUUACAGACAUAAUGACUGUUUUGUGGAAAUGCAGCACAGCGUGUGUGUAUACUCAGAAAGGGAAGAACACUGAUCUCUGAGAAUAAGUCUAGCCUCAACUGUGCUGUUGCCACUAUCAGGAAAAGCAAUGAGCUGAUGCAAAUUGUUCGUUAAAAGAGCCUGUGUCACUUUAUAUCCCAUUACUGUAAUAUCUCAUCUUGUCAUUGCAGUAAAUAAAAUGAAGUUUUAUCUUCAUUCCACAUUAUGUUAUGUUUGCCAUCAGUUAAAUUUACAUUAAAUAGAUUUUUGUUCCUUUACACAAUUUUUGACAUUUCAGUAUUGAAUGGUCAACCUCCCCCUGCUGAAAACUGUCCUGAUUUGAUUAACCUGAAAUUUGAAGUGAUUGCAGCACAAAUCAGGAAUUUGACCAUCACUGUCCACACGCUGACUACUGACUGUCAGUUAGUAUCAACCGUAACUCUUGCACCACGAUAGCAACCUCACGUUGUCAGCACCAAAGCCCGACGUCGUGCCGCACAGCUCUGGGGUUGGGUCACAACUGGUGGUCAGUCUCUCCUGUCAGUGUGUGCUGCUGAAUAGUGAUAUAGUUGUACAGAUAUCAAAUAGCUGAUUCAUCUCAUCUGCACCACAUUGAGCUUUUAUGCAGGGCUUUAACAUAAGGAGGCUGUGUGCAAGGUCACUGACUCAUAACACUACGUUUGUAUUACAACAUAUGCAUACACUGUGCAGGUUUGCAAUGUAUUUAAAUGGAAUGCAGACGCAUCAGAGCGCAUGUAAUAUCUGUGAUGGUUUCACUAAAGGAGCUUACAAUGGCGGCUGCUGCUUGAGUACAUAUUGAAUGUGCUGAACUUGUAUUUGGCACUAUUGUGCUAAACUGUCCACUGAUAUGAAAUUUUUAACCACUUUAUCCAGUAUCUGCCAUAUUGAAAAACUACUGACCCUGACGCUUUUGUACAAAUAAGUUUGUAGCAUCCAGAGCUGUUAGUCUGGGGUGUGCUCUUUCUUUCUUAUGUCUGUCUAUUUGUUUUCAUGUGUUGCAUUCCUGAUCAGAUCAUUUAAUCCCUUUAUUUUAGGUUCUGUAUGUGUUGGAUGGAAGCAUUGUGAAAAAAUGCAUCUUAUAAACAAGAAUAAAUUGAAUAUGUUGAAAAAUUGUGUAUAUGAAAAUAAAGAAUAUAUUCAUUAUGAAAGAGA